GAGUGCCCCCACAUUCCUUCCUCCUCUCCCUUCGUACCUGCCAAGGGGAACACCACCUGCCAUGGCCAGAUCCAACAUCAGAAAGUACAAGUACUCCAGAGGAUGUCUAAUCCCCAUCUCCAGAAAGAAAUCACAUUGCAGCUGCGAUUCUGGCCAUAGAAACUAUUCUCUCUAUGUGAAGAGGGUCCUGAAGGAGGUUGUUCCCCAUAGGCACAUGUCAUCUUGCACCUUGGAGGUCAUGAACACCUUGAUCAACCACAUGUUCGAGCGCAUUGCCGUGGAAGCCUGCAACAUGAUGUAUUUCAGAAACCGCUGCACCCUCACCCCGGAAGACAUCCAGAAGGCAGUGUAUUUGCUGUUGCCUGGGAAACUAGGCAAGCACGCGGUGACUUUUGGGAGCGAAGCGGUCCACAGAUUCUUCCACUACUAACCUCCAUGUAUCAGCAGAAAAGUAAAUGAGGCUUACUACCCAAAUGAUCA